AUGACAGCAAAAACAUCAUUCACUUGGCUAAUAACAGGCGCCUCCUCCGGCAUCGGUAAAUCUCUCGCUCUUGAAGCUCUCAAGUCUGGCGCCAGAGUAGUUGGAACGACUCGCGACAUAGACAAAGCUGAAAUAUCUUUUCCCGAAUUCGUGAAAAGAGGAGGAAUUUGGAUAGCUUUAGAUCCCGCUCAAAAAGAUGCUUUUGAGAGAUUUUCGAAGUGCGCAACAGAGUAUGACAUCGACGUUUUAAUUAAUAACGCAGGUUAUGCAUUUAUUGGUGGAGUGGAGGAUACAAGCGAAGAUGAAGUACGAGAGCAGAUGGAGGUCAAUUUUUAUGGACCUCUCCGAGCCGUACGAGCCUGCCUUCCAGUAAUGCGGUCAAAAGGAUUAGGAAACCUUGUCCUUAUAAGUAGUGGUGCCGGGUUUAUAGCGCGUCCGGCACGAUCAUCAUAUUCUGCCAGUAAAUUCGCAAUUGAGGCAGUUUACGAAUCCCUUUCUCAUGAACUCAAUACUUUCGGUAUCAAAGUUCUGAUCGUAGAGCCAGGGGCAUUCCGAACACCGUUCGCAAGCAGGAUCAAGACACCAGCUCAGUAUCAAGUCAGCAAUGGUUUCAGUGAAGCAUACAAAGGUACUGCGGUUGAGCAGAUGGUGAACGGAACUGUAAAUAUUAUGUCUAUUCCGGACUUUGUGAAAGGAGAUCCUGACAAAGCUGCGCGAGCAGUUACCAAUGCUAUCAUAGGAGGACAUGAUUAUCUGCGUAUGCCUCUAGGACCUGACUGUGUGACUGCAUUAGAAGACAAGAUUAGACAAUUGCAAAAGGAUCUAGAUGCGACCAGAUUCAUCGCUACUGGUACCAAUUUUGGUUAA